CCAUUUACCAUGAGUUUUUAUUGUCCCACCACCAUAAAAUGGUCCACAUUAAAAAAGUCUUGUGUGCUUCUUUCAGACUCACUGCCCUGCUGGAGUUUGCAGAGGAGCAGCUGAAGGCCAACUUUGUCUUCGUGUGGUUCCGCAAAGGCCGAGAAGAUCGACAGGCCAUCAUCCGGACGUUCCACUACAUGGGCUUUGAGAUGGUGAAGCCGGGCGACCCCUCGGUCCCGGCCCGGCCCGACUUGGCCUUCAUGGUUUACUCUCUGGACAACAGCAGCUCAGACGAGGAGUGACCCCUGACCCCUGACCCCGCCCGCCUCGUCUUGCUUCGGGAUAGUCGCCCACCCAACCCCCGGAUGAGAGGCUAUAGAACAAUAAUCUUUUUAUAGACGGUCAUGUUUCCCCUUUCUAUCAAUAAAAUGCUACCUUGACCGCGUAGAAGACAAACUUCCUGUUGUCCAUUCCAGAACGUGUCCCUCAGAAGUCUUGGGUCAGUCUAGCCUGCAAAAUAUUCCUGCACUCUAACGAGGCUUCUUGUGCCUAACCAGGAGAGUUGUUACUCUUCAGUCUUAUGGUGUGUGUGUCCAGAAAGACCACUUCAGGGUAUGACCAUAUAUAUAUGCAAUUACAUGCAGGAGGUGUCCUGCAGACUUUUCAUUUAGCACUUUGAUCACGACGCCAAAGAACCCAGUGUACCCUCACUUGUUGUUGUCGGAGCGCCACGUUGAUCCAAACCUUCUCCCGCUAUUUUUAGCUGCACGUUGGCUCGGGCAGGCUGCUUCUAGUUUCUGCAUGUCUUCCAGGUGUGAUUGAUUGACCUUCAUUAAUAUGACGUUUUUAUUUAUUGUUUCAUCCAAUCCACGCUUGUGCGUUGUGUACAUGCCUUCCUUGGUGCAGGGAAUGUUGAAAUAAUAAAAACACCAUGGGAAAAAC